GGGCAACGGCGGGACUACCGGGUUCCGGCGCGUCGUUGCCGUGGUGACCGCGUGACGGCUCCUCAGGGGACGCGGCGCCUUUAAGGGGCGGGGCUCCGGGCCGCGGUGCAUUGUGGGGCGGCGGCGCGGCCUUGCUGUGUUACAGGGGGAAGUAAAAUGGCGUCCGGGACAGCGGUAAACGCAGCUCCUUCGGGAGGGCCGGGCGACGUGAGCAUGGAGGAGCCGAAGAAGAUGACGAGGGAGGACUGGAGGAAAAAGAAGGAGUUGGAGGAGCAGAGGAAGCUGGGGAACGCGCCUGCUGAGGUGGAUGAGGAAGGAAAAGAUAUCAAUCCUCACAUCCCUCAGUACAUCUCUUCAGUGCCGUGGUACAUUGAUCCUUCCAAAAGACCAACUCUGAAGCAUCAGAGACCUCAGCCGGAGAAGCAGAAGCAGUACAGCUCCUCGGGAGACUGGUACAAACGGGGAGUGAAAGAGCACUCUAUAGCUACCAGGUACCGGAAGGGAGCUUGUGAGAACUGUGGUGCACUGACACACAAAAAGAAGGACUGCAUGGAGAGGCCUAGGAAAGUUGGAGCAAAAUACACAGGCAUGAAUAUUGCACCAGAUGAACACGUGCAGCCUCAGCUGAUGUUUGAUUACGAUGGAAAGCGAGAUCGCUGGAAUGGUUAUAACCCAGAAGAGCACAUGAAGAUUGUAGAGGAAUAUGCCAAGGUUGACUUGGCUAAGCGUACGCUGAAAGCCCAGAAGCUUCAAGAAGAGUUAGCAUCAGGAAAGCUGGAACAAGUGAACUCCCCAAGACACCAGUGGGGAGAAGAGGAACCAAAUUCACAGACAGAAAGAGAUCAUAACAGUGAAGAUGAAGAUGAAGAUAAAUAUGCAGAUGACAUUGAUAUGCCUGGGCAGAACUUUGACUCUAAAAGACGUAUCACAGUUCGGAAUUUACGUAUUCGGGAAGAUAUUGCAAAAUACCUGAGGAAUUUAGAUCCAAACUCUGCUUAUUAUGAUCCCAAAACGAGAGCAAUGAGGGAGAAUCCAUAUGCCAAUACAGGCAAGAAUCCAGAUGAGGUUGGUUAUGCAGGUGACAACUUCGUUCGUUACACUGGAGAUACCAUUUCAAUGGCACAGACUCAGCUGUUUGCUUGGGAGGCUUACGAUAAAGGCUCUGAAGUUCAUCUUCAAGCAGACCCUACAAAAUUAGAGCUGCUCUAUAAAUCCUUCAAAGUGAAAAAAGAAGACUUCAAGGCACAGCAGAAAGAAAGCAUUCUAGAGAAGUAUGGAGGGCAAGAACAUCUAGAUGCCCCACCAGCUGAGUUGCUGUUAGCUCAAACAGAAGAUUAUGUAGAAUAUUCUAGACAUGGAACAGUGAUCAAAGGACAAGAGAAAGCUAUUGCUUGCUCUAAAUAUGAGGAAGAUGUGAAGAUUAACAACCAUACAUGCAUUUGGGGUUCAUACUGGAAGGAAGGCAAGUGGGGUUACAAAUGCUGCCACUCAUUUGUCAAGUUCUCAUACUGUACAGGAGAAGCUGGGAAAGAAAUUGCUAAUGCUGAAGCAAACGUACUAGAGGAGCAACCCAGGGAGGAGGAGCAUGUGACAAAACCCAAAACACUAAUGGAGAUCCACCAAGAAAAACAGAAGGAGAAGAAAAAGAAGAAACACAAAAAGAGCUCAAAUUCAGAUAGUGAGGGUGAAGAGAAAAAGAAGCAAGAAAAACUUAAAAAGGCAUUAAAUGCAGAAGAGGCUCGUCUCCUGCAAGUUAAAGAAAUUAUGCAGUUAGAUGAGAGGAAGAGACCAUACAACAGUGUAUAUGAGACCAGGGAGCCAACAGAAGAGGAAAUGGAAGCCUAUAGAAUGAAACGUCAGAGACCUGAUGAUCCCAUGGCCUCUUUUCUUGGACAGUAGUUGUGCUGAAGAUCAUUCCAAUACCCAAGACUUUUUUUUUCUAUGUUUGCUUAUGAGUCUGCAGGCUGUUCCUUUCUAUGCAGCUAAGAAAUGCCAGAAAAAUGGCAGAGAUCUGUGUACCACAGAGGCUGGUGAAAUUCUUUCAGUAGACUUGAGCUGUCUAGUACUUAAAACAAUGUUAUGUUUGUAUGUAUAUAUGCAGUCACAAAUAUAUAUGUACAUAAGUGUAUAAAUGCAUUUUAAAAAAUAUACACUCUAAAUUCUUGAUUGGAAAAGAGAAGAUCAGAUAUUGGCUGUAAUUCCAGAAGUUCCGGUUCAUUUGGCCAUACAUGAAGACUUAACUAAUUCAAUAAAAUUAACUACAAUGAAGAGAAGAUCAACAGGUGUCACUGUUAAUGUAUAGCAGUAAUUGUUGCAUAUAAAUUUGUGCAGCUAUUGAAGCCCAACUUUUAUUUGUAAAAGGGCUUGCCUGUCACACGGCUUUAAAGGGAGAAAUAGUGUUUGAUCAGUUUUCACUGAGUAUUUUGGAAUGUGAAAAUAGUUUUGUACAGUUUUGAUUAAAUUAAUGUAAAAGUCUCAAAAACUAUCUAGCUGUUGUAAUUAAAAGUUCAGGAGAAGCUGACCAGAGAGCUAUAAAAUUCUCAUUGUGUUUCUGCAGGUGUUAGUGCACAUUUCAGCUGCAAAGAUCUAAGUUGUUUAGUUUUGUUUCAUAACAAUAUACAUCUUAUC